AUGCAGUGCACCCGCAGCAGUGGAUCGAGCACACCCAUGGGGAGGGAUCCGGAUGCCCGUUGGGUGCAGUGGCUCGCCCUCACCCGACGCAACAACCCGGCCUCCUUGUCCAGCGGUGCGCUAUCGCCCUCCUCGUUAUCGACCGCCUCGCAGCCGAUGGCGUGCUCAAAUCUCAAUAAUAGCGGCGGUGGCCGAGUGCGCUCGCGGAGCAGCGCCACCAGCUACUUUGCUUUACUGUCUGCGGCCGAGGACGCGCACCAGCACCAGCACCAGCACCAUAAGCAGCAGUACUACCACGGCGGCGCCACCCCCGUCCCCACCAGUCGACACUUGGAUUCCUCGUGGGUGGCCUGGCUCAAUGACCGCCAGCAGCAGCGGCAGGGUGGGUCGGCCCUCGGGGAUGCAUCCGCCGCCGCCGCAGCGGCAGCGAGCGGCACAGUAGGCCCGCAGCAGCAGCAGCAGCAAUAUUGCUACAAUCCCGGCCUGGGGCGUUCCCCCUCGGAGCCACCGAUGCACGGCUCCUCGCAAGACAGCAACGGUACGAUCAUGCCCAGCGCCUUCUUCAACACCACCUCUGCAUUCUCCACCGCCACUACAGCCACCACGGGCCCGCCAUCCAUGAUCUCCAGCGCGGCCACCCCCUUCUUGUCCCCGCUGGCGGCGCCCCUCACAGACGCGGAGAUAGACGCGCUGAGCCAGCAAUUCCCGGAUCUAUCGGCCGACGGGUUCCUGCCCACGGGGUUCCCGGCAGAGGGCGUCCCGAUGCACGACGAGGAGAUGAUGAUGAUGAUGGAUCAGGGUGGUGGUGGUGGUCCGUUUGACCCGGCCGAGUUAGAUGCGGGCUUGCUGACCUGGCUAGACGAGCAGCACGCGUUUGCGUUCAAUGAUCGACUGGGCGGUGGUGGCGAGGAUGCUCUGGCGGUGCCCGUGGCGGUGGGCGUGGCCGGCGGGAGUCCGACGACGAGCAAACGGGGGUUGAGUCUGGACGUUUACCCCGGAGAAAUCUCCGCGGAAGGAACGGGGUGGGAGGGGGCGACGAAGAAGCAGAGGGUAUAUUCAUCCUAGGGGCGGUGCCGGUAGCCAGACUGCCCCUGUUGGUGUACUGCUCUAGCCCUGAUCCGGG